UCAAUUUUGUACUUGAAAAUAUCAAUUUAAUAAAACCUAAAUGUGCUGAGAAGCAUUAAAAUCUUCGUUUAUUGUAUUUUAGUUUUAUUUAAUUUUAAUAAUUUUAAAACACUAAAGAUGACAAGAAAAUACUCAUUUGCUUUAAAAGCCCGAUCCGUGCAUAGCUAAACUAUAAUAUGAGUUAAAAUUUCUGAGACCUAUAAAAUUAGGUGUGGUUUGUUGAUAUUAAACGAAUGUAAACAAUUAAUCUAAAAUGAGAUUUAAUAAACUAGAGUUAGCAGCCUUAGCUUCUCAGACUUCCCAGAGUUUCGAUCGUGAAGGAGUGUUGUUGUUCAAAGAAAAGCAAGAUGGUUUUUUUCGUCGCUCUGAAGGUUACUUCUGCGUGCGCUGGUUCCGCCUUAGAGGCAAUCUCCUAUUUUAUUUGAAAGGCCCAGGGCCUUGGCAAGAACCGGUGGGUGUGAUUGUAUUAGGUCAACAUAAAGUUAAAGAGCAACCACUGGAUGAGAAUGGGUAUUGGCCAUUUCAGUUAAUCUGGGAUAAUGGAAUAUGCUAUAAAUUGGCUACAUUUCAUGAAGCUGAACGCACCUUAUGGCUUAAGGCAAUACAAAAAGCUCCAUAUACAGUUGUCAAUUCACAGAUAGUUGCACUUAAAGAGAAACUUAAUAAGAUACGCGCAACCACAGAUAUAACAACAUAUAGGCUACAAAAAGGGAUAGUACUUGAUAUGAAUGAGGUACCACUUUGUGAGUUGGCGCUUUCUUGUGAUAAUCUACUGUGUGAUACACAUGGUCGCCCACCAUCGCCUGUAAUUGUUGUGUAUGUCAAAUAUUCAAAAGGCCUUUGUAUCAAAUAUGGAACAACGGAGAUAGUUGGAACAUGCAGUAAUCCCUGUUUUUCAAAAACAGUUUUGUUUCGAGCUAGCGAUGGUUUAUCGAGAGAGACGGUUGUAAGGAUAGUUGUAUACGACGUCAAGGAACGGGUUUCUGAAACCGCCGUGCCGAUGGGAUCUAGUACAUUGAAACUUAGUACUAUACAGGAAGCCCAAAGGUUGCGUGUGGCUCUAAUGACACGUGACAAUAAGACGGUGGGAUUUGUAACGGUUAAUGGUUGGAGUUUGGAGCCAUCAUACAUUGGGACCAGUCCUAGCCAUACAAAUGACAAGAAUUGUAUUGACAUUCCGCAAAAGAUCCUAUGCCACCGACGGUCGCAGUCGUUACCCCCGAGACUGGGAUUAAAGUUGAAGUUCCCGUCUUAUGGAAGUCUUUUGAAACAAAACUUCGUAAACAGUCACCAAGUGACCUAUAGAUUUCAUUCUGGAUUGGGUGGAGAUAUAACGGUACACGAAAUAAUGGCAGAACCGAAAUUGUGCUAUCAAAUUCCAAUGCAACUGUUAGACAUAUAUAUUCAACGGGAAAAAGAGCUACUAGAGGAGCUAUUAUCCGUGGGCGACAUAUUCGGACACUGGCGGGUGAAGCGUAUAGAAUUGGCAUCCACGCAUAUGGCGUUAUUGCAGCAUUAUUGUCAUUCGAAACAGUGUUUGCAUCAAGCAGAAAACGCCUAUUUUAAGGCAAGCAGUAAAAAAGAUGAUUCCAGUUUAGAAUUCGCUCCUGUCAAUCUGCAUUUACAACGAAUGUGGGUGUACAACGAUACACUCAACAAGACUGGGUUUCAUGACGUCAUCACUGCGGGCGCGUUCGCCGCGCACACGCAUAAGGCAGAAAGAACUGGAGGCCUUAUUCGACUGGUACAACAAGUAAAGGAUAUAACAAACACGAAAGCUGCUUUAAAUUUCGCAGCGGCGAAUAAGAUACAGGCUGAAUAUGAUAACGUAGUAGCUGUGAGACGGUUGCGUGAUGAAAUCCUCGCGGAUAUGGAGAGGAUAGUAGUGCUGUUACAAGCAAAUCAACGCAAAGAAGUUGUUAGUGUCAUUGGAGUAAUCAAGAGAAAGGUGAAAAGUAUGCUUGCUCUAUGGGAGCCUGCUGUUGUAGAAGAAUCUUUAGCGAUCAUUGGAUGGCCGAAACAUCACUGCAACGAUGAUCCGGAAAAUCAAACGCUAUCAGCUAUAAUGCGUUUAACUGACCAAUUGAGUUUGUUUGAUGGUAAUACCGACUGUGAGAACUUUGACGCCUCGUCCAGUUCUAGUUCUAAAGACACAUCACCCAUAGUUGACAUCGCAUCAUUCCCUUCAAGUUCAUUGAACUUAGUUCAGAAUACCGGACUCAAGGACAAAGAGCCUUUUAAAAACAUGUACGAAACUGAACUGCGUUUUUACAAUGAUUACUUCAAAAGUGAAGAGCGGAGUCGGUUGAACCAUUCGUUUCGUUCUAUUCGUUCGCCGUCAAAACUAAGCGAAGCUCAAAACUCGUCAUUCGACUCUAAUAGACCAAGACACGGCAGCUUGAGGCAUGAUUUUAAAAGUACAGCGUCUCUAGAACAAGUCUCGUACCGAUGUUUGAUGGAAAGCUUAAGUGGAAUUGACAAGAAAAAGAGCGCAGCAUUGAGAAAUGAUUCCGCUUCACUGCCGACCAUCGGUCAGAUAGAUUCAAUAACACGGGAGAAUAAUUUAGCGUUCCUGAAGAGCAUCGGUACAGAUGUUGAUGCGGCUAUGUCGCUAGCUCUUGAAGGUGUCAUGAAAUAUGUCGACAACAAUAAAGAUUUAACAGACGACGAUCUCGAGUAUCUGAAGAACGUUACCGAAGGUUUCAAAGUAUCGGCAGAGCUGCUUGUACGUUGGUUGCGCGUUUCCCACGCGGCUUUGCGAUUGCGGUGCGAGUCUACAUCAUGGGCCUGGGAGAACGCCGCGCUGCAAACUAGACGAUACAUGUGCUUCUCGCAAGCGCUGGCAACAUUGACUGCGGGUUUGCUUUGCUGGUUUUGCUCGGUAUCUUGCGACACAGUUGUCAAAGUUCUAAGAUCGGAACUGGGUCCCUUAUGUGGUUUUGAAGGUCUCUUGAGCCUUUAUUCAACGGAGAAAGCUAUGUGGGGAGAUAUGGUCGUAGCUGUUGAGGACUUGCAAACCGUUGUAUUUACUUUAACCAAAAUUGGACACAGCAACAUGGCGAUACCACAAGUAAGCGGGACAAGAGAUGCUCUUACAGUAUAUAUACCUGUGUCCGAUUCACUGUAUAGCAAGUUUAUUAAUAAAGAGCAUUUGAGUUUCACUAUUACACCAGUAUUCUUCAACGUGGGUAUUAAUGAAAAGGCAACGCUGGCCGAAGCCUUGGGCGAGACUACACCGCAGUUUCAAUCGAACAACGAUAAUUUGGAUAGACUUUACAAAUACUAUUACAAAUAUAACAAGGUGUUUCCGGCUGACCACAUGGCUCCCAACAGAGCGUCUUCCCGAACAAAACCACUAGAAGAAGUAAUGGAAAAUCUUCGUAUUGCUGUGCACAAGAAGGUUCCUAAGAAUAUUGAAGUGUUGCACCUCGCUGCUUUAGCAACGCGACUUAUGAACGGUAUACGGUUCACGUCAUGCAAAAGUGCCAAAGACAGAACUGGGAUGUCUGUCACUUUGGAACAGUGUUCUAUACUUGCUUCAGAGUACCAUCUAGCUGAGCACGAAAUGAAAAAGGCUCUGAAUAUCAUGAGAAGUGAGGGAUGUCGCCGCGAGAACACUUUUAAAAAUAUCGGUGUUAAUAAAUAUGCUUUUACGAAAAAACAAGUGAUGGCACUCCCAGAAGAAUAUAGACCACCGCCUGGCACUUACGGUUCGACGCAAACAUAAACAGGAUACGAAAUAAAUAAAGGCGGUAAUGUACCAAAAUAUGAUAUAAUAUUUUUAAUUAUGUAAGUACUUAAAAAUAUGAUUGUAUCGUUACGUAACACGUGUGAUAUGAAUUAGAGGCUCUCAUGCCAACAUAAGUGUUGUCUAAUACAGGGUAUGGCGUAUAACCUUACAAUUCUAAACAGGAACUGUGAGUCUCAAAUAAUAAUCAUGGAGUAAAUUGAGUUUUGAUAUUUCGAUUAAUUUACAAUUCUUUUAAAUGGGUGUCCACAAGUGAAGCCAAUUUGGCAGUUUAUUUUUUGUUCAGAUCA